ACAGGCAGGCUUAUUUGAUGCCAAUUAUCGUUGAAUAACAUAGUCAAUUCGUAUUGACCAGUUGACGCUUGGAAAUUGUCAGAUUCGGCUCGGAAAUGGACUAGAAUAUUGAAAACUGGCCAUGUCCGAGGAUCCAUCGAUUGGGGCCCAAGCGCCUGAGACUCCAGAGGGUGAGCCAGACAACAUUUCCCACGAUGAUAAAAAGUCAGAGAAAAUAACCAUUCUUCUGAUGGCAACGGGAAGCGCCCCAAUAAUGAAGACGAGAAAAUGGGCCAUCGAGCCAAACAGAACGGUCAGUUCGAUCAACUCAUUUGUUAAAAAGUACAUCAAGUUGGAGCCGAAUGAAUCCCUGUAUCUUUAUGUAAAUCACUUCGCACCGGCACCAGACCAGACGAUGAAAAAUCUUUUCGACUGUUUCGGAACGGACGGCAAGCUUGUCCUAAACUACAGCAUCAGUCAAGCAUGGGGGUAAAUCAUAACUACUAAAACUACUAAGUGCUUAUUUCAAUGUUCUUUAUGCAUAAAAACAGAUUUUAAAUGUUGUCAUGAUAUAUUGUAAAUAUGUGUAAAUAUAUACAAUUUAAUUUUGUA